AGCUAGCCGCAUGACGUCAUCGGGGAGUCCGGCCGGCUAGCUGUCAUCCGCAUAGCAAGGAAGGGCAUCAGGGCAUGACAUGGGGCUGAACUUUCCGUCGUACAUUUAUAUAUCUGCGUCGUAGCCUCUUGAAAGCCUCCAAGGAUCCCGGUGUUUAUGUAUACCUCGUUAGCGCUCCCUCCCCCUUUUCUGUUUCGACAUCUUGAACUCGCAGUAGCCAGCUAGCCAGCCUGUAACUUCCACUAACUGUUCAAAGGUAGCGGCUCCAGACUCCAGUCAGCAUGGCGUUAAUCCUGUUUACACGGUCCCGGGCACCUUUAAUGAAAACCUCCCGCUCGUUAAAAAACGAAUUCCGAAAAGGCAAAGGGAAACUUCAAGACGGUGCCUGUUUCAACUGCACAACCCUCAGACUCUCCAGUCAGAAACUUGACGCGCUCCGCCUCGGCAGCUUGUCCCAGGCCUCCUCGUUCGGCCCUUCCCUCUCUUUGUCAGACGACUACGUGGGUUCCUGCCAGAGCUCGGACACACAGAGGCUCUACUGCGCUUUCCUCCCGGGGGCCUCGUCCUCGGCGUAUCCCGCCGUCGCCGCGGGUCCCCAGUGGGUGACGGCGCGGCCGCAGGACGUCCCGGGCGUCAGGUGGAUACACACCUCCGGGAGGAGGUGGGACGACUCGAAGGUGGAGAAGUCCCUGCGCUCGCUGAAGGACAAGAAGAAGACGCUGGAGGAAGGGGGGCCCGUGUACAGCCCCACGCUGGACGCGGAGCCCGUCAGGAGGACGAUCCGGCAGCGGGUCGUGGACGAAAUCAAGCACUACUACCACGGCUUCAGGCUGCUGUGGAUCGACACCACUAUUGCCGGGAGGAUGCUGUGGAGGGUGCUGAACGGGAAUGCUCUGUCUCGCCGCGAGAGGAGACAGUUUCUCAGAACGUGUGCAGACGUCUUCAGGCUUCUUCCCUUCCUGGUGUUCAUCAUCGUCCCCUUCAUGGAGUUCCUGCUUCCUGUCGCUUUGAAGCUCUUCCCCAACAUGCUGCCGUCCACCUUCGAGACACAGACAAAGAAGGAGGAGAGAUUGAAAAAGGAGCUGCGCGUCAAGCUGGAGAUGGCCAAGUUCUUACAGGACACCAUCGAAGAGAUCGCUCUGAGGAACAAGGUUGACCAGAGCACCGUGACGGAGGAGUUCUCCACCUUCUUCCAAAAGAUCCGGGACUCUGGCGAGCGUCCGAGUAACGAGCAGAUCAUUAAGUUCUCCAAGCUGUUUGAGGACGAGCUCACCCUGGACAACCUGACGCGACCUCAGCUGGUGGCGCUGUGUCGCCUCCUGGAGCUCCAGUCCAUCGGGACCAACAACUUCCUUCGCUUCCAGCUCAUCAUGAAGCUGAGGGCCAUCCGUGCAGACGACAAGCUGAUCGCGGAGGAAGGAGUGGAGAGCUUGAAUGUGAAUGAAGUGCAGGCGGCGUGUCGAGUCAGAGGGAUGAGAUCUCUGGGAGUCACGGAAGAACGACUGCGAGAGCAACUCGUCCAGUGGUUGGAGCUUCAUCUGAACCAGCAGAUCCCCACCUCUCUGCUGCUUCUGUCUCGAGCCAUGUACCUGCCCGACACGCUGUCUCCCGCCGACCAGCUCAAAACUACACUGCAAACUCUUCCCGAAAUGGUGACCAAAGAGGCUCAGUUAAUGGUGGCGGAGAUGGAGCUCUCCAAGGUGGACAACAAGACCAAAGUGGAGACGACGCUGCAGGAGGAGGCAGCAAUUCGCCAGGACAACAAGGACCGGGAGUUGGAGAGGUUGGCGGACGCUGCAGAGAAAGCAGCCAGGGAAGGCGAGUUGGAGCUUGAAGCAGAGCGGGUGAAGCUCAGCGAGGCAGAGCCGGCUACAGCUAAGGCUAAGGCCGACACUACAGCUGAUUCAGAGAUACUGAGGGAUACAGCACCAGUCAUAGAGGGGAUCAAGUUUGAACAGUGGCAGACGUUUCUGCGCUUCCAGGGCGAGGAGAUCACCAAGGAAGAGAUCGACAUGCUGAGCGACGCUUGCUCCAAGCUGAAGGAGCAGAAGAAACUGCUGACGCUGGAGAAAGAGGAGCUGGAGGAGCUCAAGGAUGACGUCCAGGAAUACAAUGAGGAUCUGGAGGAGAUAAAGAAGGAGCUUUCUAAGACGGGUCAGGAGAAGGUGUUGGAGGAGUCGAAGGCCAGCCAGCGCCUGUCUAAGAGAGUGAACCGCAUGAUCGGUCGCAUCGACAAGAUCAUCCUGGAGCUGGAGAAGGACAAGGUCAUCCUGGACGGACAGGUGGACAGCGGAGCGACUCCACCUAUUGGAUUAUUCUUUACUAAAUCUGGUGAUGCCAAAAGUCUGUUCUAUACCCUCAGGGAGAACCUGAUCAGCAUCGACGAGCUCAUCAGCGUCAUGCGGCAGAUCCAGAACAUUCCCGAGGACAAGCUGCAGCGCAUCGCCGAGGCUCUGGACGACAACAAGGACGGGAAGGUCGACAUCGACGACGUCAUCAAAGUGGUGGAACUGAUCGACAAGGAGGACAUCGACAUCUCCACCUCGCAGGUGACCGACAUCAUGGUGAUGCUGCAGAAGGAGGAGAAGCUGGUGGAGAAGGAGAAGGCCAAGGAGAAGGUUGAGAAGGAGCAGGCUGCUACACUCAACAGCUAACUCAUUCCCCCGACAUGACACCUCAUAGAGCACUGGUAAAAAAAAGAAAAAAAAGAAAUGACCACUGAGAAGUUUGUGGCUGGUCAGAGAAAGCUCUGGAUUGAUUCACUCCGAGUCGAGGGAGAAGUUCAAGGUAACGGCCACCUUCUCUAAAACGUCAUUUCAACAUAAGAAUCAUGUAAAAAAAAUCAAAAACGACGAAGGCGCGUCGCCUCCAAAAUGCACAAAGCAAGAAAAAAAGGAAUCUUAAAUCACGUUUUUAGUUCUCUGGACUGAUCAUGUGCUCCAUGUGGAUAUUUGAUUUUGUGUAAUUUUACUGAAUUAUUUAUUGACGCAGGGAACACGGUGACAUGAAACCACGGCUCAAAACGUUGGUAAAGUAGAUCAGCAAAAAAUUAUGUUGGGAAAACAUAGCGGGAGACGCAUAUUGUUUAGAAAGCUCGAGGGGGAACCAGUCUUGCCUUUCACUUCAUUCAUGUCACAUCUCAGAGAAAUGAGAAAUCAUUUCUGGACUUUGCACAAUAAUAAGCAUCAUCGUCAUUACCGUCAUUCCACUUUAGUUUUCUUUUGUUUUUUGUCUUAGAUUUUAUUUUUCCAUCAUGCUCCCACAUUGUAAAUGAAAAUGUAUUUUUUUUUUUUCUGAUUGUACUUGGACAGGAAGCUCAUUGCUGGACGUAGGAUUGUUUAAAUGGUGGCUGCAACCAAAGGAAUCCUUAGACGCAAUAUAAAAAUAUCUGUUCAAAAAUUAAAUUAGUGCAUUUUAAAAAUGUAUAUUCACCCUAAAAAUAAAUAUUUUUGAGCUCAUCUUUCCUUCUAAGACAGAGGAAUUUGAUGAGGUUUAAAGUGUUCGUCACAGUAGCCAGGGAUUAAAGUAUUUUCUUUUUGUGCUCAUUAGCUUAUAAUAAAAAUCCCCUCGACAUAAAUUCACUCAAAGCCAAUUUGUGAAAUGCCAAAGUCGCAUUGUGGCACGUUGACCUAAACAGAUUGUGGUCAUUCCUGAACAAACCAGCUGAUACGUGAGCAGCGGAGAGACACCGAACAGGACGGACACUAAAUACCUGCUAGAGAGUCGUGUUUUGCACUAGUCGCUUUCAGAAAAAUAACCAUUUUUGUGGAGGUUGUCUGGUGAGAGAUGUUAAUAUUUUGUCGUACGAUAAUCUUUUAGUACAAAGUGGCCUUGUCGAGACGCGGAUGAGAUGGUUCAUAUACUGUUGCGUAUUUAUUUUGAAGCAUCUUAAAGAGAAAACAGAGCUCUGAGAGUCUGUCUGUAGAUCAGGUAGUGUGAGUUUCAGGUACACGCCGAGCCUCUUGUGUUGUUUUGUUCUGUUGUUCGUUUGUUGUUUUGCACCGUCGCCAUGAACGUGUGCGGAAAAACUGAUCCUCCUUCCUGUUGUUUUACUGCGUUCACGCUGCAAGCAGCGCCGCAUUUUCACACAUUAUUAUUAUUUAGGUUUCUUUAUUGUCUCGUAUAAAUCAAAUAACCUGGGGAAGAGUAUUCACCCGUAAUCUUUGGGUUUAAGUUCAAAAAGAUGAUUUUCUGCUCAAUCGGAGCCUAAAUAAUCAAGGUAUAUAUCUGUAUAAUAGAAGUAUUUCGUUUUCUGUGUAAUUAAACACUAUGAUACUAUUGGCACUAUAGACAUUUACGUUGUUGAAAAGAAAUCUGAUCAUUUAAUCUGAUUAAUAUGAAAAAAUAAAAGGAUUAUAAGUCGUUAAUUAAACUGAUUUAAAAAUAAGUAAAUCAGAUUCUUGUCAGCUGACGCCCGGUUUCUUUAUCCGCCGCCCGUCGGCGUUCAUCACGCGGCUCGCCGAGUGACGCAGUAAAAAAGCGUUGAGCCUCCUUUAUCUCGACGCGUGUUUGCGGCCGUUGCCAACGGUAACCAGAGAGAGGAGCCUGUUUUCGCAAAACCAGGAUGACAGAGCGGAGCUGGAAGAUAAUGCUGAGUGGACCGACGCUCCGUUUAAUCCGUUCCCGGAAUCCGCUGUCGCCCCCCCCCGUGAUUAAGGGCCGCUUCGUCUUCCGUCAGGGCCUGACGUGGGAGAGGGCUCUGCUUUUCGGCCGGGACCCGGUCAGACUGACGGGCGCGGGGUAAACACUCGGCCCAUACAUGGGCCAAAGCCAGCUCCGGCGGAGGGUUGUGUUUGGGUUAGAGACGCUCCGGCGGGACAUGGCAUGCUCUCCUCCCGCAUAAAUCAGCGGCCAGUGUAAACACGCACGGGGGAACGUUGUGACAACCUCCCCAUCACACUCUGCAGGAGAGAGCGCUGUUUGUGUCUGUGUAUGUUAGCGGGGCUGCCACUGUGUUGUAGGCACGGAGGGGUCAAAGGUCAGGAGAUAAUGGACACAUACUCGAGCGUGAGGCUGAUGGAGAUCGAUAGUUCGGGUUCUAGACGUGUGACUUGAAUUACAAGGACGCUGCAGCGUCGUCGUCUGGCACAGAAAUUGACGCAGACCAGACGAUUACGUCAGAAGACGUGUUUAAUGCUCCGCUGUUUGUCGGGUUAUAUUUUUGCAAGAUUUAACUCCAGCUGCACCUUUGCAUAAUCGGCCAUUUUUCUUUAAUUUUUGACCUUUAUUUUUUUUUUAUAAAUCAUCGAAUAAGACGGAGGAAAGAGUCGGAAGAUAAAUUAAAAAUGACAGUUUGGCCUUUUCGUUUUCCAUCGGGUCACUAAUAAAAAAUGGAAAAUCUAUGAUUCCCAAAUUAUGACUGAAUUUAUCUAUUAUUGUCGUUGCUGAUAAAUAAGUCUGUCCAAACCUUUGUUUGUUAAAAUGAUCAGCAAAUAAACUCACACUUAAAGAAGCUGAAACCAGCAUUUGUUCUCCUGAAAAUAUAAAGCUGUUAAACCACUUCAAGCUUUUAAAUUAGAGUGCGAUUAUUCUCGCACAUUUUGUGUUACUGCAGGUCUGUAAUUUCAUUUCAUGCACUGAUACUGUACGUCCACUGUGAGCAGUAAAUCAUAUUUCCCUCAUGCUAUCGGGAUAUGUUAGAUGGAAACCCGUCAACGCUCCGUACAAGAAGAAAUCCUGGAAUAAGAAGAUUAAAUUUAGACAUGAGCACAGCAUAAAGUGUCGACAAACAAAUAAGCUUUUGUCUAUAUCUCCAGAACACAGACAUGUCGUAAUUACUGGAACGUCAGGAAACAACCAUAAAACAAAUCACUUCUGCAGACGUGCGUCGCAUCAGCUACGUGUACGUCCUCGUGUGACGAGAAGAGUUGCCAGUGUUGCAGUGUCUUUGCUUAAGCUGCUGUCUUUAAAAAAAUUAAUAAAACAUAAGAAAAAUAAAAAAAAACAGUACAUAGGUGGGAGAGGAAAGCUGGCAGGAAAAGCUUUUAGACGUCGAGUCUGAUUUGUUCCUUUUUAAAAGACUCGAAAGGUUCAUUUGAGCUCGCGUCAUUAGCUUUGACCGCUCGCUGCUGCAGAGUAUUGCCACUGUGUAAAUGCACUAUUCAUUUAUUAUUAUUAUCAUUAUUAUUAUUAUUAUUUUUGAUACAUUAGCCGUGUGCUAAGUGAUGGACUCAUGUGAACGUUCAGUCUGAUGUGAACUUGCGGCGUGAGAACGCUUGCAAGCCACGAAAAAAAAAAAAAGCCGUCCUCUUGAUCGUUCCCCCCGUGGAGUCGUGAAUGUCUCGUGCUAGAAGAACAAAUAUUAACAGCAAUAAGUCGCGUUUGCAUCCUGUACCUUUUUAUUUUAAUAGUGUUCGUCUCCACCUUUGUUGAGGUGGAAGGAGUUGGUUUGGAAAAUGUCCGCGCGCUGUCGGCGAGGAACAGACUGAGGAUGACUUGUGGGUUCGUUUUUGAUUACGUGGGGCUUGGUGGUUGUGCUUACAGCUGAUCAUUGUAAAGGCUUAUUCUGAAUGUGAUGUACCCACUUUAUUUUUUUAUUUUUAAUCACGCGAGGGAUGUAGAACAUAGAGUAGCCUGGCGACACUCCUCUGGGUUUUCAUUACGGUGCAUGUUUUAGCUGAUUCAAAGGAAGAAAAAACGUAAUUGGAUAGCCCUGCAACCAAAUACGAUUGGUUUCUCUCAACAAAUGCCUUAAUUCCUGUAAACACAGACAUAAGCUCGUUGCAUAUCUUCGCAGGAGCGUAGUCAGUUCCCAGCGGAGUGUUUCCAGACCAACUUUCCGCCAUGUAAAGAAAUCGUGGACGGGGAAAGUUUGGUGUGUGACUUCCAGGCUACAGGGAAGUGAGGAGUGUUUGGAGAAAGAGAAAGGCAGCUGAAAACGAGAUCAGCAGUGUGGACUCGCUCUGUUUCUGCUGGGAAAAAGUCUAGACUUUUCUCGGGUUCAUAGCCAGCUCUUCUGAGGAAAUGAAAAGUCAACUAGGUGUAAGCGCAUUUUAAACAGGAAUGCAGCCACCAGCAUUUUAAACAAGCGAGAGAAAAAAAAUAUUCUUCUAAAGGUGUGUUCAGGAAAAAGGCAAAGUACAGGCGUUAGCUGUAAGCUAGGUAAGCUAGGCUAGGCUAGGCUAGGCUAGGCUAGGUAGCCACAGAGCCAGCGGCCGUGUCCCUGGGAGUAUUUUAGUGUUUGCAUUCAAACUAAGCCUCCAGUUAUUUCUCAUCUACUCUACUUAUCGCGGAUUCGUAAAACCCCCCAGCACAAAGCCAAGAAGAAACUCCAGCUUAGAUACGUCUAAAAAAAUUUAAAGGUCCUCUAAAAAUAAAAAAAAACUAAAUAGAUCAGUUUGAAAGGCGACCGUUGCAGUAAUAAUAUAUAUUUUACCUACUACCUUAUGUUUUUGAACAUAUAUUAACGACAAUAUUAGUGAUUGACUCACAUAUAGCCUACUGAAUAUUCUUUUUUUGGGGGAAAAUAAUUUGUAUGUUGUUUAUUUAUUUAUUUAUUUAAUCAGGUUUUUUGAAUUCUUUCUUUUUUUUUUAACCCAAAUGUGGAGAUGUAACAUCUUUCAGAACAUGAAACAACCGCGUACUGGAUCUGACUUUAGUUGAACUUGAAUAAAUGUAAAUGACAAGAAUCGAUCUUUAAUUUUUGUGACUAUAAAUAUAUAUGGAAACAAAACUGAAUCAUGAAUAAACUCUGAAUUAUUCCUUU